UAAGAGGAAUUGAAACUGUCUCUUUUUGAGUGUUUAUGUUUUUGAUUUUAACUCUCCAACUAUCCAUAUCCAAUCCCAUCCAAUUUGGAACUGCAAGUCUGCAACCACACCUCAAAGUCAAAAUUAUUCAUACCAGAUACUACUAUCCAGUAUUAUUUAUUUGCAGUAAUUAACGUAUCUCAUUUAAUUUAUUUUUACAAAUUGGAAACUUACUUUAAUUUUGUAUAAACAAACAAUUACGCUAAUUUAGUAUAAGGUAUUCUAAACGAUAUCCGAGUUACGGUGUUGGAUUUUUGACCAGUGGUACCUAUUGACAACGCUGCAACAGCAUUUUAAAAUAUCUAAAUUUCUUUAAGAAUCUUUCAACUUGGGAUAAUAAGUCAACAAAAAAAUCAUCAUGUGUGCAAAAAUGGCAUUUCAACACCAGGCAGGGACUGCCAUGGAGUGUCUCAGUAUACCGAUAACAUUAAAAAAAGAACCAGGAGUUGAUCCAGAAGGACGAGAAGUACUCAAGUGUGGAUUCAAAAUCGGUGGCGGCAUUGAUCAGGAUUAUAAAAAGAGUCCACAAGGGUAUACAGAUAAUGGGAUAUACGUAACAGAAGUUCACGACGGGAGUCCAGCAUCAAAAUCGGGAUUGAGAAUGCACGAUAAAAUUUUACAGUGCAAUGGAUAUGAUUUCACAAUGGUCACCCAUAAAAAAGCCGUCGACUACAUAAAGAAGCAUCCUGUUCUAAAUCUUCUUGUGGCGAGGAAAGGUGUUACGUCUACAUAAUGAAUCCCAUGGCAAAGAUUCAAAAACAUUCAUUCAAAUGGUACCUGCUUUAUCUGUUCUCUUAUUUGUAUGCACUGAUUAUCAUUGACUAUGUCCAUGUUUGUAAUUUAUAUGUAUAGUCGUCACACGCAUCAUUUUGUGUAAACAAUAUUGUUUUGGUUGAAUUUUUACAAUUAGAAAAGUUAAUUGAUAGAUCUUUGAUAAGAAUGUGCCAGGCCAUCAAUGUGAUGCAUUAUUUAUUCACAUAAUCAUAGGGUUCUCGACGGUACUGGGAUUGGCCCACUAUAAUAUUUAAAAUCAAUGUGCAUGUUUUUCAAGUACAGUAUUUAUCAAUAUCAAACAUUCUAUGUAGUCUUAUCAUUCCUUUACUUUAAGCUUUUAAUUAGGUGUGUUUUUUAUCAAUUUACUACCGUAAUCACAGAAGGAUUAUUUUAUUUCUUCUGUAGAUCAAACGGUAUUACAUGAGUGUAUUGUUAAACAUGUUUAGUGUAUAUAAAACAAUUAUGCAAAAGUUGUGCAUGAUAGAAAUGUACCAAAGGGAAAUUGUUUGAAAGUUAUGUUUCAUAUGUUUAUUAUGUUGAAGAAAUACAUUAGAUAGGUAUAAUCUGUCAAAUAAAGUUGCGUAUGAAUUAUAA